GAGAAGACUCGAGAGCAGAAAGAGGCAGAGUUGAUCCCUAAGAUGCAGGAGGCUGUAAACCAUGGUCUGAGAGUGCUGGAGUCAGCCUUUGAGCAUCUGGACAUCAAAGCGGGAAACUCUGAUUCAGAGGACGAAGAGGUCACCGACAGAGUGGAGGCCAUCCUGGAGCCCAAGGAUCUUUAUGUGGACAGGCCACUUCCAUACCUUAUCGGUUCCCAGGCCUUCAUGGAACAAGAGGAUGUCGGACUUGGUGACCUCUCAAGUGACGAGAUGUCGGUUGACAGCGACAGAGACAGUGUAAUUGAGAGCGAAGAUGGCAAAGAAGCAGUUCAGUCAGAUGAGGACUUUAACCAGGAGGAGGAUGAAGGCCAAAAUAAUAUAAGAAAGAAGUCAUCCAUGUUGAGCUAUGAUGAGGAUGAAGAAGAGGAGGAUGAGGAUUCUGACAUAUUUGGAGAAUCAGACAGGGAUGAUGAUGACGACGACACAAAGAACACAGGCUCAUCGUCUUUUGCUGAUGAGCUGGCAGCUCGAAUCAAAGGUGAACCAGUUAAAUCAGAGGGAGAUCGUGCAUCAUUGGCAUCUAAGAAGAAAAGUAAAAGCAGGAAACAAUCAAAGACCCCCAAAACACAGGCAGCUGAAGAGGACAGUGAUGAUAUGUUCAAGCCACCAAAGAUGGAUGAUGAUGACUUCUCUCCAUUUGGAGGGAAAAGUGGCCUCUUCAGCGGAGGGAGAGGCCUGUUUGACGAUGAUGACGAGGGUGAUCUUUUCUCUGAGGCACCAAAACCUCCUGUGUCCGACGAGAAAAAAAAUGUGUGUAGUGAAAGCAUUAAAAGCACAACUCAAACUGCAG